UUGCGUGUCACAUUUAGAAAUUCGAGCGAUAGAAAUGCUUACACACCCAGCUGCAGUCAUUGUACGAAACUGCCAUAAAUAAAGGUAGAAGCUCAAGGUUCGUUUCAAAAAGAUCCACAAGCUGUCCAGUUCGCCAUGAAGUGCAUUGCUGUGAUGGCCGUUUGCGUUGCUGUGAUCGCCGUUUGCGUCAUCAGCGCCCUCCAUGUUAAAGCCAAUGCAGUUGAAAGGGCCACUGUAACUGAUGCCGAGCUUCAGGCUCUUUCCCAACAGCUCCACAUUGAUGACGUCAACGCUGUCCAGGGGAUCGUUUUGAACGUGCAAUCCUCCACGACAUCUGGAAGCACCACCGACAAAGCCCCAUUGCCGUUGUUUUCGAGUGUCCCGGCUGGUGCAUUUUCCGGGCCAACAGUAAGCAAACUGCUUGCUCUUUUCGACAACUACGACGAGAACUGCAAAGUGACUGAGGUCAUCACAGCUGAAGAACAGACUGAAAACGAUGCCUUCCUCGAUGCCAUUUUGGGCACUAGCGUAAUGCAACAAGCCCACCAGUUUCUCGUCUCUAAAGGCUUGGCUGACUCUAGUGUGGCUGUUUUCAAGGAAUACCUGCGUCAGAUUUGGCUCGGCCAAUACAACCGCGGAGGCGGGUAUCAAAGUUCAUCCGGAUUUGAACACAUUUUCCUCGGCGAAAAAGACAACACGACCAUCCAGGGCUAUCACAGCUGGUUCAAAUAUUACCGGGACGAGCAAGCAGGAAAGAUCAACUACCUGGGCUAUUUGCGUAACAUUAAUCUGGGAGUGAGCUCCGUCAUUGGUCUGCCUAUGAGUUGGAAUGGCCUUUACAAGUCAAUCAGCUCCAUUUCUAUAUCUGGCAGCCCCGAAAUCGAAUUGGCGUUGGCCACCGUCUGUUUCCUGGCCAGGCCCAACGCCAAGUGUCCCCUGUACGGUGCCAAUGCAACACCUUACGCCUACCAGACUUAUACUCUCACUUACAACAGCAAAACUUAUAUCGGUAGCGCUUACCCCACCUAUUAGUCUUCUAACGUAAGAGGCCCUGCAAUAGUCUUACAUAGGUGAUUUAAAUGUUUAAUAUUUGCUGCUUCCCUGGACACAUGAAUAUUUUUAUUUAGUCCAGUAGCUAUAUUUUAAAAGCUGCAAUUUACCACACAGACCAUUGUCACCGUACAGUGCAAAUCGACAUAAUUAACAACUUAUUACAGAGAAAUAAAGUGUUUUAUUUGCAUGGCCU